UAUGCCGGAUAACCCCCUGUAAAUGAGCAGGGAAGGCGGCGACCGCGGCAGGAGCGAAGGCAGAAGGAACGGGAGGAGGAGGAAGAGGAGGAGGAAGGGGGAGGACAAGGCAGGGGGCAGCGCCGUCCGGUCCUGGGCUGACAACCGCCACGGGGUCCCGGCGUCCGGGUGCGAGUCGCAGGGGGACACCGAACCGCACGGCGACAGGGAGAGCGGAUCGGGGACGGGCGCCGGCGCGACUUCUGGCAUCUUACUGCAGGCGACCCGGCUCGGCAAGGCCAUGCCUUCGGUAAUGGAGCGAUCCGGAGGAGGGGUGCUGUCCCGGAGCCGAGCCAAGACUGUCACUAACGGCAACAGCCAGCACAGCGAGGAGGAGAGCAGCGAUGAGGAGCACGCUCACGACAGCAUGAUCCGCGUUGGGGGGGACUACCAGGCAUCGAUCCCAGAGUACAAACCAGACAGUCCUGCACGGUACAGCGACAAGGAGCCCAAAGGCAUGCUGGUCUGGUCCCCCAAUCAGCACAUAUCCGAUGCCAAACUGGACGAAUACAUCCUGAUGGCCAAGGAGAAGCAUGGAUACAACAUGGAGCAGGCCCUGGGAAUGCUGCUGUGGCACAAGCACGACGUGGAGAAGUCCCUGGCCGACCUGGCCAACUUCACGCCCUUCCCCGACGAGUGGACGGUGGAGGACAAGGUGCUGUUCGAGCAGGCCUUCAGCUUCCACGGGAAGAGCUUCCACCGCAUCCAGCAGAUGCUCCCAGACAAGAUGAUCUCCAGCCUGGUGAAGUACUACUACUCCUGGAAGAAGACCCGGACGCGCACCAGUGUGAUGGACAGACAGGCCCGCAGACUGCUCAGCCAGAGAGAGAAGGACGACAGCAACGAAGACAUGGAGGAGGGAGAAGCAGGCAGUGACAGCGACUUUGAGAUCAACACGCAGAAGGAGGCCCAGAAGCAGUCAAGCAUGGGGGGUGUUUCUGGACGGUCCGGUCCAGCCCGGAAGGAGAGUCAGGGGUGUCAGUACCGGCACACGCCCCUGCGUGCUCGCCGGCGCCCCCCGCGGGGGAUGUACCUGAGCCAGUCCGAUAUCUCUGCCGUGUCGGCAGCCCCAGACGCUGCGGUCACCACCCUGAAGCAGCUGGACUCGCAGCUGGUGUCGCUGAAGAGACAGGUGCAGAGCAUCAAGCAGAUCAACAGCAGCCUGAAGCACAGUCUGGAGCAGGGCAUCGACCGUGCACGCCCCCUGGAGGUCACCCCCAAGUACAGCACCCGCUGGACCACUGAGGAGCAGCUGCUGGCGGUCCAGGCGAUCCGGCACUACGGCAAGGACCUGGGCGCCAUCGCCGAGGUGAUCGGCAACAAGACGGCCCCGCAGGUCAGCUCCUUCCUGGUCAGCUACCGGCGCCGCUUCAACCUGGACGAGGUCCUGCGCCAGUGGGAGGCGGAGCGGGAGGGGGGGGGCCGCGCCGGGAGCCCGGCCGCCCUGGAGCGCGCCAGGGCCGCCAGCGUGGCGGGAGGAGGCAGCAGCGCGGAGGAGGACGAGGUACAGAUCACCGCGGUGUCGGCGGCGCCCCCUCUCCCGCCCCCUAGUGGCGCCAGCAGUAACGGCGGCGCCCGUGCACCCCCAGGGCAGGAAACGAGCCCGCUGGAUCACCGCGGCGACCAGGGCAUGCCCGCGACUGCCAUGGCAACAGGAGGCAGCGACUCUUCCCAUCCUCGCCCGCUGGGGCGGGGAGGCCAGGUCUCCGUGGCAACGGGGGAAGGCGUCAUCUCUGCCCAGAGCGACAGGCUGCGGGGCAGGCCCCCCGCAGCCAGCCCGGAGCUGCGGCACCACGCCCCUGCCCCCGGCCCCCUGCCCCCUGCCCCCCCAGGCCAGGAGGUUCCCAGUGGGAGAGUGACUGUUUCACACAACAGCCACUGCAGUAAGCCGGCAGGCUGCUUCCCUGCCCCCAGCGGCCCCAGUGCUCCGGACCGGGGCAGGCGGCCGGGCGCGCCCCCGUCUGGCCCCCGCAGGGGCCCCCAGGGCAAGCGCCUGCAGGGGGCGCCGGCGGGCCUGCGGCCGGCCCCCGGGGGGAACAGGAGGCUCGUGACACUGGCUAAGCGGGGGGGGGGGAAUAAAAAUAAUUCAGAGAUCCACAACACAACCAAGAGAAGGAGAUCCGGGUUUCUGAGCCGCGCCGGGGGGGAGGGGGGCGCGGCCGACGGGCCCUCUGUCCGACCCCCCCGCCUCUCUCGCGGGAACGCCUUUCACUAA